ACAAGGGCAGAGCUAUGGCAGCGCUGAACCACUUGUCUUUUCGGAUUUUGAUGCUCUUGGGUUUUGUUUUUUCUGUUUUGUCCUUCUCAUGUAUUUCGUUAUCUGAGCCACCACACGUUGCAUUGAGGCCGAGUCUAGGGAUUGUGAAAAGAUUCCUCUGGUGGGUCACGUACGAAGGAUAGGCUUGAUGUGUUUUGCUUGUCAAAUUGAUAUCACAAUCUGUUUUAAAUUCCAGCUUCUGGGCAUUAUUUUGGUCCCAAAACGAAGUUAAGGAAGGUUUUGUUUUCGACUAGUCUUGCUUGGGUCGAUAGCUGUUUUGUUGCAAUGGAGGAGAUCUUAGGACUUCUCAGAAUCAGGGUCCUAAGAGGCAUCAAUCUUGCUAUUCGUGACACCGUUAGCAGUGAUCCUUAUGUUGUCAUUACUAUGGGUCAACAUACAUUGAAGACAAGCGUUGUGAAAAACGACUGCAAUCCUGAGUGGAAUGAUGAAUUAACUCUUUCAAUCAAUGAUCCUAAUGUUCCAAUCCUUUUAACCGUGUAUGACAAAGACACGUUUACUAUAGAUGAUCAUAUGGGCAAUGCAGAGAUAGACAUUAAACCAUAUAUAGCAGCCUUGAAGAUGGGGAAGGGCUUGCAAAAUCUCCCGAAUGGUUGUCCACUCAGAAGAAUACAGCCAAGCACGACAAACUGCCUGGCUGUUGAGAGCAGCAUUGUUUGGAACAAUGGCAAGAUCACCCAAGACAUGCAUCUCAAACUCAGAAAUGUUGAGUGCGGGGAAGUGUUAAUCCAACUGGAGUGGAUUGAAUCUCCUGGCUGUAAGGGUUUGGAAAGUGAAGUUAUGGAUUAAGUAUAUUCUAUCUACUUUGUAGUUUUCGUAUCGGUCUCACGCUCCAUGUUCUGUGCUCGAAAUAAGUACUAGUUUUGUUAUGUAUUUUAUGAACAGAAACCGAAUUAUAACCUUGUUUCAACUCCUACGUAAUGAUGUAGAACUUUGAAUUUAGCUCUGUUGGUAUAUGCAGUCAUCUUCUUCCAACAAGUUUAAAAUUCAAAUUUUAACGUUUGUAAUCUUUUCUUCUAUUCCCCGGAUGCGGUUUGCUUUGUACCCAAAAAAAAAAUGUAGUCAUGUAGACUAACAUACUACAUAAUUCAGUUGACUAGCUUGAGUUAUUUUAAUUAGGCGAUUUUGAUAUGAUAUGUA